AUGCUCAACAACCUCACCACCAAUUUCAUCGGACGCCUCCGCGCCCGCGACACCGCCGCCUGGUACGAGCUCUGGGAGACCUUCGGCCCCGUCCUCCGCGCCCAGCUCGCGAAGUGGGGGCGCGGGCGCAUCGGCCCCGAGACCGUCCGCGACCUCUCCCAGGAAACCCUCGCGGCCCUCUCCGAUUCCAUCGACCGCUACGACCCUUCCCACGGCGCCCGAUUCAGCACCUGGCUCCUCGCCAUCGCCAAGCACACGCUGGGCGACGAGAUCGACCGCCGCAUGGCGCAGAAGCGGAAUUCCGGCAAAAAGGCCGCGGCGCUUGAGGAAUCGUGGAUGGUGGAAGCGGGGGGCCAAUCGCCCGACGGCGAGUACGAGGCGGCCGUGUUCCGGGCGAAGGUCUACGCCGCGAUCCGGAUGGUGGAGAAGGAGUCCGACUUCAUGGACUUCACGAUCUAUCGGAUGCGUGUCUUCGACGGGACGGCGGGCAAGGACGUGGCGGACCAGCUGGGGACGAGCGAGCCGACGGUGAGCCGGCGGCUCUCGAAGGUCCGGGAGACGCUCCGGUCCCGCCUGGGGGAGGUGAUCGCCACCUACAGCUUCACGUCCGAGGAAAUGAGCGAGGCCGAGCGAAACGGCGUCCUGGACCGACGCGUAAGCACACCGGGCCGGCGGAGUGGGCCGGCCCCCGAAAAGAGAAUCGCCAUGGGAACUCUCGUCAUCGUCCUCGGAAGCAUGUUCGCCUUCCUGAUCGCGAUCUUCGCGAUCAUCUACAUCGCCGUGCCCGUGUUCAAGGGCAUCGGCUGGCUCAUCGGGGCGUUCUUCAAGGGCGUCGGCUGGUUCUUCAUGCACGUCUUCCAGUUCGUCGCCGGCAUGCUGACGGACACCGUCCGCGCCGUCGGCGCGAUCAUCGCCACGGUCGCCUUCGUCCCCCUCGUCAUCCUCAACAUCGUCAUCGGACGCUGGUCCGCCAGCGCGCACUUCGGGCGCGCCGUCAAGGACGAGGUCGCCACCUUCGGCCACUGCGUCUACCGCGUCGCCAUCGGCCACCCCCUCCGCCUGCUCCUGCUCAACGGGCUGGUCGAGGGGAUCGAGCAGCGCGUCCCCGCGGCCGUCGCCGCCGCGCCGGGCUCGGACAAGCCCUCCAAGCGCACCGGCGCGUUCGACGGCUACACGAUCGUCGGCUCGCUCAAGACGGGCGGCUCGGGCGGCAAGCUCUACGUCGCUGAGCCGGACGAGGUGAAACUCGCGGCGUUCGCCCGCGCGGGCGUGCAGGACGUCGAGCAGGUCGUCAUCAAGUCGUUCUCCCUGCGCGACGGCUCGUCGAUGCCGCAGAUCGUCCGCGAGAGCCGGGCGCUGGAAGCGGCGCGCAAGCUGGGCCUCGUCCUCGAGCACGACAUGGGCGAGGAGCGGUUCUACUACGUGAUGCGCUACGUCCCGGGCGACGACCUCACCGCCGUCACCAAGCGCCUCCACACGCCGACCGGCAACCUGGGCCUCACGAAGGAAUCGCUCCGCGAGGCGAUGGGCUACAUGUCCGACCUGCUCGCGACGCUCAACACGUUCCACUCCGGCGGCCUCUGGCACAAGGACGUGAAGCCCGACAACAUCAUCGUCCACGACGGCAAGGCCCACCUCGUCGACUUCGGCCUCAUCACGCCGCUGCGCUCGGGCAUGACGCUCACCACCCACGGCACCGAGUACUUCCGCGACCCCGAGCUGGUCCGCAUGGCCCUCCGCGGCGCGAAGGUGCACGAGGUCGAGGGCGAGAAGUUCGACGUCUACGGCGCCGGCGCGGUGCUGUACUCCGUCAUCGAGAAUUCCUUCCCCGCGCACGGCGGGCUCAGCCAGAUCACCAAGCGUUGCCCGGAAUCGCUCCGCUGGAUCGUCCGCCGCGCGAUGACCGACCUGAACAAGCGCUACCCGGACGCGAACACGAUGCUCGCGGACGUGCGCGCCGUGAUGCACGCGCCGGACCCCUUCGCGCUCCGCCCGGCGGACCUCCCGUCGAUGCGCGGCGAGUCCGCGGACGGGUUCAUCGGCUACGACGAACCGGAGGACGAGGCGUCGUCCACGCCCGACGCGACGCCCGUCGCCGAG